AUGGUGUACGUAUUCCUUCAGAUCUACAUUUCUGAUCAACCGAUCAUCGUUCAUGAUUUCACAGCAGACCAGAUUCGUGAACUCAUGGACGGGCCCCGAACAUCCAUAAUAUAUUCGUCAUUGCCCACGUCCACCCUCACCGACUCCCUCGUUUCAAAAGCCGGUAUCACUACUGCUGCAACAAAAGCUGGUGACAUGUGGUUUACGAAUACACGAGACGAUGCAAAGGAGCGUGGAAGAUCAAGCAGAAGACGGAAGGCAACGAAUUUCUUGAUCAACCUGAUCGACUCACCAGGUCAUGUCGACUUCUCAACAGAAGUCACAGCUGCUCUUCGUGCCACUGACAGUGCUCUCGUCACCGACUGUAUCAAAGGUGUUUGCGUGCAGACAAAGACAGUUUUUCGUCAAGCACUUGAGGAGUCUAUCAAAUCCGUCGUUAUCACUGACAAGGCCGACCUUGCUUUACUUAAGCUCCAAGUUUUAAAAGAGGACUUGUACCAGUCGUUCCAGUGUACCAUCGAGACAGUCAAACGACAUUGCUUCUUGCCAUGA